AUGAGCAAGCAGGACGACAAGCUCCAGCAUCAGCGGCAUGCACCUCCUUCCUUUGCCUCGGCCUUCUUGGCGAGGGAGGUGCGGGAGGGCGGAGGCGCGGGUCCCCACGCCACGAAUGUGGACCUCGGCGAGCCACACCACGGGGACUCGCGAGAGCAGCAGCAGCAGCGGCGGACGGACUUGGGGCUGAGGCGGUCAUCGCUCGCGCCACUCUCGCCGCGGGGCUCUUCGCAGCUGGGGGAAUGCACCGAGGAGCACCACCGGUUGCUGCAGGAUGACUUCACCACCGACCCAAUUCGUAAGCUUAUACGCCAUGGCAGCUUUCCGUACAAGUUGGUUGUGACCUGUCUCAUGCUUGCCUUUGUCAUCUUGAUUGCCGUCCUUUGCCACACGCCGGAGGCGAUCGCCAGCGAGGAGCAGCGCAAGGCCGUGCUCCACUCGUUUGCGGGGGACAACUACCUUGGGAAGGAUAAGGGAAAUAUUAAGUUGCGGCCCACACUCUACCUGCAGAAAAUCGACGAUGUCUUGAACGAGAUUGAGGGGUUUGUCAAGGUCUACUACGCCCUUUCCAACGCCUCCGUGAGUGAGUUGAACUAUUACUACUAUACAGGCUCCGAGGACACGGCUGCACACCUGCGGCAGGCGUUGGGGCGCGAGGCGGCAGGCGGUUCUGCCUGCCCUACCGCCACGGAGGACGACGCCAGUGCGGCGGCGAGGCUCGCCUGUGUGGUGCCGGUGACAAUGGAGGUGGAUGCGUACCUUUACUCGCAGAGGGAGUACGGGGGCCCCGCCCCACUGCGGCACUUUACAGCGCAGCUGACAGAGGCAAAUCCGCUAGGCCCCUUUUCGGAGGACAAGGCGGAGGCCACGGACAAAAAGGUGCCAAAGGACGAAGCUGCGGAGCGCCGGGUUGAUGCCCCGGCAGCGAAAUCGCCUGACGAGGAUGGCCUUCGUGCCGCCGCGGUGAAGGGGAACAGGUACGUGCGGGCGGUGUGUGCCCCGCGCUAUGAUGACCUCACCGGCCUGUACUACAGCCCCUGCCGUCGAUCACUGGACGCGAGCGGGGAGGACAAGAAUGACGUCUUUGUCUUCCCCUUACUGGACAAUGUUAAGCGGCUUCGAUUAAAAGCCUCAAUGCGGCACUUGACGGAUGCCUUGUUGAACCCCCAAGAGACGGUCGGUGGUUUUUCAACCGUUAUCUAUCACUGGACGAUUGAGAAGAUUUUCUCCUUUCACCCUGGUGGUCUGGUGCAGGUGGAGUUUGUGGUGUCGGUUGUCACGAGCCGUUUUCACCCGGGCGCGUAUCCACGAUUCUUCUUCACUUUAAUGCUGCUGCUCCUUGCCGUAUGCGACGUAUUUCUGCGCUUGAAGGCACUGCGGCGGAUAGCGGUGUACCGGCGAAAGACUGCCGUCUCGCAGGACGUCACGCAGGAGGGGGAAAAUUUGGGCUCCUUCGCCCACGGAGAUGACGCGGGCGCCUCUGCGCAGGCUGCGGCGCACGCGACGACCCCCGAUGCACCGCCACGGGCGCAGUACGACACCGCGGCGUGUCGCAUGCCGCCGACUGCUUCGACGCAUCCCCCGCAACCGCAAAAGACGAAGCUGAAGCGGGUGAAAUACAUCCCAAAGGCCGGCUCACUGGUGCCGGAGACCGUGUACACCGACUUCUACGAUGCCUGGCGUGAGCAACUGCAAAACUCACUAGGGGAGUCUUGGCAUUAUAUUGCGCUUGCUGCCGACUUCUUUACACUGGCGUACAGCAUCGCAACCUCGGCGCGGCUCUGGGGCAUCCCCACUCCAGAGUUGUACAACACGGUUGAAGGUAUUCUCUUGGGUCUGACGGGUUUGCUUCUUUCCGUGAGCGUUCUCUCGUAUCUUCGGUACUUUCCACACAUGUACUUUCCAGUGCAAGCGAUGCGGAGCGUAAUUCCGAGACUCCUCGUCUUCGCGGCGAGUGUGGCACCCAUUUUUGUUGGCUUCGCCUUUUUCUUUUCCAUCGUCUUUGGGCCUCACUCGGACGGGGAAUUUGCCGACGUGGGGUUCUCCCUUGUGGGGCUUUACUUUGUGAUGUUUGGCGACGCCAUCCUUCCCGCCAUUGAGGACGCCCAGCGGUCGGUGCACCCCAUCGUCACGCUUCUUGCGAAUGUCAUGACGAUGCUGUUUAUCCUCUUCUUCAUGAUGACGAUGCUGAACUUGGCUAUGGCCAUCACGCAGCACGAGUGGGGGCUGCUGCGGCGACGCUUUGGGUCAUGCCUGAGCGCCAACAACCUCCUCUUCGAGGUGCGCACCCGCGAUGAGGUGAAGGCGGAGACGCUGGAGGUGGUCAUUGCCAACAUGGAGCUCCUGUUACACAUCAAGGGUGAAGAGUGCGUGGCCGCGGCGGCAGCGGACAGACGCCAUGCGGCAGGCGACAAUGAAGACCGCCGCGACGACGAUGCCGCCGCGGGGGGCGUGGCGAAUACUUCACGCACCGUGCAUGAAGGUGGCGCCGAAUUGUAUCGGCAACGCCUUAAUGUUCUCACGGAGGGAGAGCUAAGUGGGAGUGCGUAG